GUACCGCUACUAGAAGUACCCAGAACCGCCUUGUUUGUUGUUACGGGUACCGCGGUACCUUUACAGUACCGCUACUAGAAGUACCCAGAACCGCCUUGUUUGUUGUUACGGGUACCGCGGUACCUUUCUAGUACCGCUACUAGAAGUACCCAGAACCGCCUUGUUCUCAAGCUACGGGUACCGCGGUACCUUUACAGUACCGGUACACCGUGUGUGUGUGUGUUGAUCUGGGUGCCCUGAGCCGACGCCCACAGAGCAGACAGACAGACAGACAGACAGACAGAGACGUGAUUUUUAUUGAUCAUCACGUGACAACAAGGUUGUGUAUCAUUAACUGAUGUGUUCACAUCUCGGUCGUGUUUCCUCAUUCAGAUCAUUGUCCGUAUUGAUCGCACAAUAAACAAAGCAUAUGGAGCUAUUAUUUCAGAUCGCAUUGUGAACCAAUGAAACACAACACAGCCUACGAUGGUAAACAAGGCUCGUUUCCAUGGUGACACGUUAGAGACGUCUGAAGUUUGUCUUUGUCUCUGCAGGGAGAUCCGCUGCCGUCGUCGCUGGUCCACCUGGUGAGGAACUCCCCCAUCUCCUCUGUGGACGACCUGAAGGUUCUGCUGCAGGAGACCAAUGGAUUAGAGGAGGAAGAAGACGAGCACGACGCGCACGCCAACCACACCCACAGGCGGUUGGGCAGAAGCCUCGUGGAGGCGCAGCAGGCCCAGCAGGCGACGUGUAAAGUGCGGACGGAGGUGAUGAAGGUGGAGAGGUCCAGCGCCAACUUCCUGCUGUGGCCGGCCUGCGUGGAGGUGCAGCGCUGCUCGGGCUGCUGCAACACUUGGGUGCUGCAGUGCGUCCCCACCCUCUCCUCCACCCGAUACCUGCAGGUGACAAAGAUCCGGUACGUCAACAGGAAAGUCCAAUAUGAGAAGGCCAUCAUCUCCGUGGAGGACCACGUCAGCUGCAGGUGCCAACCUCCUUCCUCCCCCUCCGUCCCCAUGCAGACCCACCCACGCCCCCUCCCACCUGUGCCGCUGCAGCCUCCGCUGCCUCUCCCCCGGACCGUCCGCCCGGACCCCCCGCCCAAGACCCGCGACUCCAAGGCUGACCUCCAUCGCCACGACGACCUGAAGCACAACCAGCAGGCCUACGGGCCCGAGGAGCGCGACCCGGCGGUCGGGCGGUGGCAGCAGGGCGGCUACACCCAGCUGGUGCACUGGACGCACCUGGGGCCCUCCGAGGCCCGGGCGGAGCACAGCGUCAUGGGAGGCGGGCCCCCCCAGGUCGGGCACGGGAGCGGGUACGCCGGGAGCCGGGAGGAGAGUGGCGUGCACGCGGAGCACCUGCGCGGGCAGCAACGCCUCCACCGCGGCGGGGCAGAGGAUCAAGCGCCGGGGGGGCGGCGCUGGCUGGACGCGCCGCAGUCCGACGCCGGCACGCCGCCCGGCACCCCGACUCGGCCGCCGAAGCUUAAAGCGAGCCCCGCCUCUCCCGCGGCGUCGGUGACCAGCAGGAGAACGACGGAGGUCACGAGACAGACCGAAGGGAGGGAGGAGAGCGGCUCGGCCAAUAGCAGGGACUCUGGGGACGCCGAGCCCGCCCAAUCGGGGGCCGGACAAAGACUCAGAACAGAGCCGCGGGGUCGGCCAUUUAACGGAGGAAGAGAGGAGACACAAAGUUCUGCAGAUGAUUCAGACGGAGCCGGAUCACCCGACCCAUUUUCGUCCACAUCAUCCUCAGCGGAGAACGAAGCCGACCGGCUUUCAAGCAGGCCUCUCCACCUCGGCCCCCGGCCCGCUCUCGGCCCGCCGGGCGCCGUUCCGCCCAGCGUCGCCUCGGCGGCGCAGGAAGCACAGCAAGCGCAUCAGCAAGGCCGCCAUGAGGGCCGUGAUCAUGUAGAGCUGCAGGUGAAGCUAAAGCGAGACGACCCGAGUCAAAGCGACGCGGAGGAGACCGUUGGGUGGAGGACGGACCCGAGAGUCGCCGGUCCGACUUCGCUGCUUUCGUCGUCACGGAAACGACCAAAGUGAAAUCCCGUCGGGAGGACGUUUUGUUGCGAUGCUAAAAGCUGGAUUUCAUAAAUUUGAACGGCGAACCGGCGGGGCUCGUCAGACUGGGGGCGUCCUCUCACAAGUCGACAGCCAUCAACUGGCUGCUGGGAUCCUUUGGGUCCACCAAUGGAGGACUGGCCUCGGACGUCGUCAUCGGGGGGGGCACAUUGGAUUCAUACGCUGGGACAAUCACUGGAAACCGAAGGCCUCGACAGCCUAAAGACGUUACUGUAAUCCUUUGAAUCAAACGUUAUUAACACUGGAGUAACCUACAUGUACUGUAGCUACAUUUAGCUUUGUGUACUGUAGCAUAGCUGUGUGUACUGUAGCCACAUGUACUGUAGCGUAGCUAAGUGCACUGUACCUAUAUGUAGCUUCAUAUACUGUAGCUACAUGUAGCUUCAUAUACUGUAGCUACAUUUAGCUUCAUAUACUGUAGCUACAUGUAGCUUCAUAUACUGUAGCUUCAUGUAGCUCCAAUUACUGUAGCUACAUGUAGCUUCAUAUACUGUAGCUACAUGUAGCGUCAUAUACUGUAGCUUCAUGUAGCUCCAAUUACUGUAGCUACAUGUAGCGUUAUAUACUGCAGCUUCAUGUAGCUUCAUAUACUGUAGCUACAUGUAGCUUCAUAUACUGUAGCUAUAUGUAGCUUCAUAUACUGUAGCUACAUGUAGCGUCAUAUACUGUAGCUUCAUGUAGCUCCAAUUACUGUAGCUACAUGUAGCUUCAUAUACUGUAGCUACAUGUAGCUUCAUAUACUGCAGCUUCAUGUAGCUUCAUAUACUGUAGCUACAUGUAGCUUCAUAUACUGUAGCUAUAUGUAGCUUCAUAUACUGUAGCUACAUGUAGCGUCAUAUACUGUAGCUUCAUGUAGCUCCAAUUACUGUAGCUACAUGUAGCUUCAUAUACUGUAGCUUCAUGUAGCUCCAUAUACUGUAGCUACAUGUAGCUUCAUAUACUGUAGCUUCAUGUAGCUUCAUAUACUGUAGCUACAUGUAGCUUCAUAUACUGUAGCUAUAUGUAGCUUCAUGUUUCAAGAAAACUUUUUAGGGCGGACGCUAGGGCCGACGGGGGGAGGGGCCCGCGGACGCUACAGCCGAGGGGGGAGGGGCCCGCGGACGCUAGGGCCGACAUGUAGCUUCAUGUACUGUAGCUUCAUAUACUGUAGCUACAUGUAAUGUAGCUUUGUGUACUGUUGCUACAUGUAGCUUCAUGUACUGUAGCUUAGCUUUGUGUACUGGAACAUAUCUAUAAGCUUGUUUUUUACCCGAUCAAAAACAACCAAAUGCCUGCCGAGGUCACGCUACCAAUGUCCACAUUAAAGUCUUAAAGGUCGGGUUGUAGUCAACACUGUGUGUAGAAAAGCUUUACGAAGAUGAUCUUGUUUCUGGAAGGGGGCAAAAACUUUAUUGCUUAACUUAUUUAAAAAGGAGUCUCAAGUAUAAUUAUUAUUGCAGAUGGUAAUUAUUGGUUGAACUGUUACUGUGAUGAAUGUUAUUUUUUUUUAAAACAAUCAAAUAAAUGUUCAACAAAUAAAAAUGUUUGUCUUUCAUA